GUAUUAAUUGUUUAAUAUGUAGUACAAAUGUAUGUAAAGGAAUAAGAUUUAUUUUUAAUGAGUACGCUGAAAUCAGCGGUUAGCUCCGGUCGCUAACGGAAGCUGAUGCUGCUGGGGCUGAUGUUUUAUGGGACAAAGAAUUUACGCGGACAUGGCUGUUAAUGUAUAUUCCACCUCGGUGACCAGCGACAAUCUAAGUCGCCAUGACAUGCUCGCGUGGAUCAAUGAGUCUCUACAAAUGAACUUUACCAAAAUUGAGCUUUUAUGUUCAGGUGCAGCCUAUUGCCAGUUCAUGGACAUGCUAUUCCCAGGCUGCGUACCACUGAAGAAAGUUAAAUUUGGUGCAAAGUUAGAGCAUGAAUACAUUCACAAUUUUAAGAUAUUACAAGCUGCUUUCAAGAAAAUGGGAGUUGACAAAAUUAUUCCAGUUGAUAAACUGGUAAAGGGAAAAUUUCAGGACAACUUUGAAUUCGUUCAGUGGUUUAAGAAGUUCUUUGAUGCCAACUACGAUGGCAAAGAAUAUGACCCGGUGGAGGCACGGCAGGGCCAGGACGCUAUGCCUACACCCAACCCCUCCAUGCCAGCCCUCAGCAAGCCCAAAAAAGUCUUGAAUGCAGUGCAUCCAUCCACUCCUAAUAGGACAAGCAAACCAGCAGCUGAAAUUGCACCACAGAGAGCGGCCGUGGCCAAGGUAACACCCAAGAUGGCGCCUGCCUCUGCGCGGAGACCCGGUGCUGGUGGUGAUGAGGAAAGGGCAGAGCUUGUACAAGAGUUAAACAUGUUGAAGUCUACGAUUCAGGAUAUGGAGAAGGAGCGGGACUUUUACUUUGGCAAACUGAGAAACAUUGAGCUGAUCUGUCAGGAGAAGGAGGGUGAGGGAGAUCCCACCCUGCAGAGGAUUGUGGAUAUUUUGUAUGCCACAGAUGAAGGAUUCGUCAUACCAGACGCUGAGUCAGAAGACCAGGAGGAGUUCUAAUACUUGUGACUUGUUGCAGUUUUACCCUCCAUACUCCUGCCGUCUCCAUACAGCCCGCUCUCAUCCUAAAAGACUCCCACAUCAUUAUGAAUUUGGACUUUUAUCUGAAAUCCAUAUUGAAACAUAUUGUUUUGUCUGCUAAAGCAUGAGCUGUUUCAGUUCUCUUAAGAGAUGGCUGCCACGAUCUCCCCGUUUCGCUACGAGGAGUUUGUAAAAUACAAUACUUAAUAUUGCUUUACCUCUUUCAGCAACCUCAGACACCCGCAAGCAUAUUUAUCUUAUUUUAAAUGUCUCGGACACUUCAGUCUGUAGUGGUUUCUCCCCCUCUGUGCAAUGGUACUGAUCCAGUACCUUACACUGACACGAUACAGAGGGACACAAUAGUGUGUUAGUACCGUUCUGCCCAAGCGCCCCUCUUCCUAGUUUCCAUUCAUUUUUGGUGCUUGCUUUAGCAUACGGCAGGUAGCAGUCACCACCGCUCCAGUGUAUCCUUAGUGACUGUGCCUUAUACAGACUGUCUGGAGGGAGUGGACCCAGUCUGAUGUUUGUCUUUUGUUUGUUUUAUGGAUGUAGUGAUGUAUCGUUAUGGUCCAGCAUGAGUCAGGUUUUGCUGUAUUAUGUACUAACACUCAGUUUGUGUCACGUGGAUCUUAUUGGAUCUUCGUGUCAUGAAAAUCUUAUUUUAUUUUUUCAUUUAAAGAAUUAUAUCCAUAUGAACAUAGUUGCCACUACAUUGCUGGACCCGAGGCCAACAUUUUAGUUGACGAGACAAACACUGCCUGUCUCUGCAUGGUCCUUGCAGUUUUCUACCUGUUUUUACUGCCUUAUAUUUAAAGCAUUUUUUCUAUCCUUUCAUUCGCACUGUCUUGGCAAAUAUGUGUUAUUCAAAUUAAAGUUUUAAAGAUUUAAAGUUUUCUUUUUGUUCCUUUUUAAUUAUUAUUUGUAGAAGUUGCAGCAGAAUUUAUUUCGGAUGGAGACUUGAGAGCGUUUUAAUUACAGAAGACAAAAAAGACAUUUAGGGACUAUUUUAAAAUAUUGCACUCUUAAGACCAUUCCCCAACAUUGUCAGGCAAAUGUAAUAAUAACACUAGGUUAAGGUAAGCGUACCUUUUCUACAAAAUAAUGUUGAAAGACCUGCAUGCCAUGGGAUGUCUGUGUUCUGAAUUGAUGAAUUAUGAGUUGGCUUAAGCAUUGACCGCUUGUUUCAAGUAAUGUUUGAACUUUAGGAUUGUGUCUAGGGAAAAUCAUGACUUGACUUUGGAUCACUGUGCAAAUUUGGAUUUUCUCUGACGUGUAGCUUGUAUCAGUUUUAUGUACACUGGUUAUUCUCGAUCAAUAUGAAAAUUUCUCUGUGUGUAGUUACUUAAUGUUGCAUUUUAAAUGGAUAGCACGUGCAAAACCGGCAAUCGAGAGUUUUUAAUGGUGCUAUUAAAUACCUUGACCUCUAAGAAAUUGCCUGUUUGUGCUAGAAAAUCCUCUUCGCUGGUUGCUUUGGAUCAUUGGAUUGCAAAUAUUGCUGAAAUUGGAUGGACUAAACUGUGCUGGAUCUAUACUAAACAGGAGAGUAGGAAAAUCAAACAUCUUUCAUUUAUGUAUGAGAAAAGAGUUGUGGCGAAACUGUAUGUAAAUUCAUUUUCACCUUUGCUUUUGCAUAGUAGCAUCUGUAGCAAAGUCACAUUGUUUAAUCCACAACUAUACUCUAUCUCUCUCUCCCUGUUUUUGUACAUGCAGGCUGUUAACAGUUACACAUUUUAAACAAUUUGUUCAAGUCAAUUUCUUACAAUAAAACAAGAUUUACAUGC